AUGGCAAUCCUGCUCUUCGCAGGCCUCUUCCUGGUCCUUCAACUCCGAGAGCCGGUCUUUGAUCCGGAGACAGGGGCCUGGACCGGAGUCGCGAGCGUAGUGCACCUCCUGUCCCGCAAGAAUGGGGGCCUCAACACUUGCGCCAGCGAGUUCAUCCGAGACCUCGCGCGCACCUGGGGCUGCGAGUCUUUCGCUGACUACGGCGCCGGGACGGGGGCGUAUGCCCUGUACAUGAGGAAGGAGGGCCUGGAGUCGGUGUCGUGCGUUGAUGGCAACCCGGCCGUCAAAGUCUUCUCCCGCAACUUGUGCUCCGUUGCUGACUUGAGCAAGCUUGAUCCUACACUUCCCAAGGCCGAUCUCGUACUGUCUCUGGAGGUUGCGGAGCACAUUCCCGAAUCAUUUCAGGAAGCCUACAUGCUCAACGUCGUGAACGGGGCGCGCAAGGGCGUGGUGCUGUCUUGGGCAGUGCCUGGUCAACCCGGUGCCGGUCACGUGAAUUGCAGAGACAACUCGUGGGUCAUCAAGCGCUUUGCUGACCUCGGCCUGAAGUACGAAGAGGCCCUGACCACGCGCAUCCGGAAAACUGUGGAGAGCUGCCCGGAAGAGUUCAACACCAUCAACUUCAAGCGCACCAUGCUGGUGUUUUCCAAGGGUGAUGAGAGCACUGGAGAAACGCCUGAGUCGCCGGAGCACGCAAAUUCCGGAAAGCUGCACUUGGGGAAGUUUGUUGGGUGGCUGGUAGGGUUUUGA